AAAUGUUUGACUCUAGAUUUUUUCUUCAUUUUUGUAGUCAUAGGUCUAUUUUUGCAACUGUUUUUGUUUUUGACCUUUGAUCUUACAUUUGAAUUCAUUCAAUCGGUAUAUAAAAGGAGAUGUAGACAUGAUUGAUGACUUAUUUCAAUUUUUGAAAGAAAAAAGGAGAAUGAAAACUCCAGUUCAUGGGGGAGCAAAGAUGUCGAGAUUUAGAUCGACACAAAUAUCUCAAUGCUAUGGUCUUCGAAAUCAAGACCAUUUGUUGAUCUAUGGAAGUUCGAACGCUUCUCUUUCGGCCUUUGACUUGAAUUUCUACUUUUCUAAGCUUUUCCCAAAGCUUUUGAUUGAGAAUGAGCCGUCCACAAAAUCCCCAGAGACCAUCGUUUCCAUUUGGGAAUCCGUUCAAGUUGAUAUUACCAAACAGUUCUUCUGUGUCUCCAAGGCAUGCUACUUUACUUACCAAUUUCGAACUGUCCUUGGCUGAAAGACUGGAGAAGCUUAAUCCAAAGAAUGGAGAAGAUGUUCUUGCCUUGUCAUGGAUGGUAUCUGCUAUAGUUUCUGUUUGUGAAACUCAUGCCUAUAUAAAAACCUUCAUUUCCGAUCUUGAACUAUCCGUUUAUGAUUGGGAUGCAAAAUGGAUUGAUUUAUAUCUAGACGAUAGUUUGAAGCUACUGGACAUAUGCAUCUCUUUUAGUUCUGAACUCGCACAUUUCUCACAAGGUCAUCUCUUACUUCAGUGUAUAAUGCACAACAUGGAAGCAAACCCUACAAAAGCAUCAGAACAAGCCAAUUCAUUCAUUAAUGACUGGAAUAGACAUAUAAGUUCCAGGAAUCCAAGAUUAGAGGUUUGUUCUAGUAUCAUAGAUGAUCUUACUGCAACUACAAACUUGCCUAAGAUUAAGAACUCGUCAAAAGGGAAAGUUCUAGUGAAGGCUAUGUACGGUGUUAAAGUCCAUACUUUAUUUGUCCUUGGUAUUUUCCUUGCUGCUUUUUCAGGCUCAGCAAAGUUAACGAGCUUCCAGGUUCCAGAUAUCUGCAUUUGGUCUCAUGCUUUUGAAAAUCUCCAGAAUCGUUUGCAAAAGGAGGUAAAAGACAGGUCAUCUAAGGGGGGAAGGUUUAGUCUUGUAAAAGAGUUAAAUUCAGUUGAUACUAUUGUCGGGAAGUUGCAUCCUAUUGUGCAGGAUGAGUCAGGAUCUGCUAAAAUGCAAGCAUUUGGAGAUGAUACUUGUGAUUUAAAAGAUAGAGCCGAGAAACUUUCACUUGGUCUGGAUAGUCUUACUAAAGGAGUUGAAGGCUUCUUUCAGAUUCUUCUUAGUGGACGUGAUGCUCUGCUUUCAAAGUUCAGAACUGCAUUAAAAGUCGAGGAUCCAAUGCAAAAAAGAAUUGGCGUUCGUUGAUUACCACCACAAUACAAUCUGUGAAGGUGCAAAAUUG